AAGAGUUGGCAAGCCUGAGAGUCCAAUCCAAUAUGGCGGAGAGGGACGUGGGAGGAGACGACUCACCCCUUGUUGCUAAUGGCCGUCUCCCGCCGCCCCUGUGUUAGCUGAGCUCUUCCCCUCCACGCGCCCGAACCUUCAUGCUGCAGGGGUUUAGGUAGCCAUGGACAGCUGUGGUGGGUGUGGGUCAGGGGGUGAGGGAGAGCAGCUCCCGCCCGCCGCCCCCACGCUGCCCCACGCCCCCAAGGACAAGGACAGGACCAGGAAGUCCACCGAGAAAUUGCUCACAGCGGCCGGGGACCAGUGGAGUCAAGAGGAGAACAGCGAAGAGGCAGGGGGGCGGGUGGGGCUGCUGCCAUUGCCCAUCACCAAUGGAGUGGGCGGGGCUGGUGUAAAUGGGCUGCACCUUGGGCGGGGCAGUGGGGCAGCAUCUGGCCAGUCGCUACUGAAUAACAACCUGGUGGUGGAGGAGAAGUGUAACCUUCGCCGUGCUGAUGACAAAACACUCUGCCUCUACCACAAGUUCCCGGCCAAGGUGAACAACAACGUUUACCCCGAACGGGGUGCCCAGGCCGGGGACGGCAUGGACGAGUACUUCCAGAGCCACCACAGUUCCCCCAGCCAGCCGCGCGCCUUGUCCCCGCCCCGCAGGAAUGAAUUGAGUCCCGGGCGGGAGCAGCUCAACCUCCUCAACGGCGAGGAGGAGGACGAGGACGACGGCUGCAUCUACACCUACAAGGGGGAGAGUCUGGAGGCCAAUCUCUCCCACCUCAUUGACAUGUGCCUCAGCUGUGGCCUACCCAACCCUGAGCGUGCAGCUGCAGCACGGUCCCGGCCCCCUGCCCCCGAGGUGCCCCCCCACAGCAACCUUUUCUCUCCAGACAUGGACUUCUUGGAGAUGGACUUUGACCCAGGGCCGGGUGGGGACGGGGAGGCCGACUCUGACUGUGAGGACAACUGCCUGCAUGAGUGUGAUAGUAGGUUAGGACGGGACGGUGGGGCCGGGGCUGGCCCCCCCAGCCCUGGGGUGGCCCGCAAGGCCAACAACUACUGCCCUGAGAUGCUGAGCCUCAUGUGCCGCCGCUGCGAGUCCAGCAUCUGUGAUGGCAAGAUUGAUAACGUGGCCUUGAACGUCAGCAUGAACCCAGCGCCACCUGCCCCACCCCUCAACAUAGGUCGAGGCCCCAGUGCCGGCCUGGACCACAGACCCAGGGGGGCAGUUGAGGGCGGCCUCAACCUGCCUCAGAGUGGCCUCAACCUCCCUAAGGACCUGAACGUGGGCCUGAACCAGCUGUGUGGAGGGCAGGGGCGGGUGAGGCCCGGGGAGGAGGACGAGGAGGAGGAUGCCCCAGACAACGACAGUGUAGAAAACAACUUGGGGGAAGCGGACCUGAUGGACCUGAUGGACCACCUCAGCGACGACGCAGACGACGAGGACGACAGCAACUCAGAGAAGUACGAGCCCCAGCGGCCAGGCGGGGACGGGGUGGCUGGCAGGGGGCAGGAGAGAGGCCGUCGUGGCUCCCCUGGGGACCUGCUGGCCAGGACGCCCCACAAAGCUGCCAACAAUAACUUGGGCUCAGUCUCCGCUCCUGAGGUGAGCCCUGCCAGGGAGUACAGUCCCCUGGAGAAGUUUGGCCGUAGCCUCAGCUUCCACAACCAGCUGUCCAGCCCCAAGUACGAAAAUGUGUGCUUUGCCCCACGGCCGCGAAGGGAAGAGCAGCCGCCCCACCACCCAGCUGAGGAGCCUCCUUCACCCCAGGCAGACUCUGCCAACCUGGCGGCCUGCUCUGGAAGGCUUCAUCGGCGAGAGAACUCUGUCUUCAAUAUCCUCUCCGAUUCAACGCCUUCACAGAGUGGUAACUGCAGCCCCCAGGGACCAGCGGCCAGCAGUGUGGGUGAGGCAGGCGGGGUUGCCGCCACCCCUGCCACCAGCUCCAACGCCACCACCACCACCUCCUCAGCAGCUAGUCAACCCCCCUCUCUAAGGCACUUACCCCCUCCAACCUCACUGCUGAAGGGCGCCUCAGAUUCCAGCCCCUCUGCUCCAUGUCCCAUCAAGGCAGGAGGAGGUGGAGACCCCUGCCCCCUGCCAGUCAAGUCUUUGCGCCCCAAGAACACCAACCCCUCGCAAGACCCCAACACGGCCAGCGAGGGCGAGGGUGGGGGCGAGGACAGCUGCCCUCGUGUGAAGAAGGUCAUGAUCUGGACGGAGCUGCAAGCCUCGGCCAGACAAGUCACACAAAUAGCUACCUCAGCCUGUGGUGCCACGGCCAUCAUCAAUGUGCUGUUGGCUCUGGAUCACACAUUCUCAAUGGAGGAGGUAAGGGCCAGCAUCAAGACCCGGCUGAGGGCGGAGACAGCCCUGUUGGUGGAAUACUUGCUGUCCCGCUCCGUGGCCGGUGCGACACAUCACGACCUCAUCCAGGGGGUUACGCAGCUCACUCAAGGUGCUAUCAAAGCCAAGUUCUUCCACAUGUUUCCCAAGCGAGUUGUCCAACUGUCCCGGUGGCUGGCCCAGUGGAUCAGCAGAGGUGGCGUGCCGGUCGCAACACUCAAUCUGCAGGUGGGAGUGGCCCCGGGGCAGACCAUCCCUGAUGCGUGGCACCACCAGAUGAUAUUCGGGGUUGGGCCGCAGGGCGUCUACCUCACCAACCCACUAGAGUGUGUAUCAGACUGCAUGCUUGGUGACCAGCUGUGUACCGACUCUGUGCUGCUGGUGCGAAGGUCUGACGUGGUGGGCCGGUGGGGCAACGGGGACAAGCUGGUGCGCCUCACACAGCAUGAUGACCCACGCUGGAGGGACAUGAAUGUGCUCGGUCAAGUGGUUGGUGUGCUGAAGGAACACGCAGCCCCUCCUGUGGUGCAGGGCCGCCGUCACCUCACCUCCCACGUGGCCAUCCCUGCAGCCUAUAAGUCUGGGGUGACCAUAUUUAUGCGGGCUGACAAUCCGCACCUUCCUACCCUGAUGCAGGCGGAGGAGCUUCCUCUGCUGGAGUGAUGGAUGCAGUGCUCACGUGGCACCCUUCAUGUGAGUAGGGUAUGUCUGCCAAUCUGUACGCACUCAUCCACUUAUACUCAUAUCAGGGAACAAGAUCCAGAAAAUUGCACUGAGGGAUGAAAAUGAACUACUGUCAAAAUGUAAAUGUAUAUCACUCUUUAAUUUGACGGUUUAUUUAUAUACCUCAGCCUUUUUUUAUGAGUACUAAUUGGAGUGGUGUGUGCGAAUUGGCAAGCCUACCCUCAGUGGCUUGUCCUCGUAGUGAAAACCUUGUUAUUAAAUCACUGAGGCAGAGACCUUGCCGUUCACUGCUGCCAAAGUGACGCACAAGCCGCCUCUCCUUGGUGCAGUGAUGAGCUUUUGUGAUAGUUUGUCAUUCCUCUGGGAAUUGCAACAUAAGUCUUACAAGAAAUUCCAGCUGGUUCAACCAAGUACUCCCUCUUCCUCUCACCCAACCCCUCCCCAGGUUUUUUUUAAUAUUUUUCCUCAUGUAGAAAAUCUUAGGAGUUAUGUAAUGUUUGAUGUUAUUUGGUUGUCAUUAUGGAGAUAAUUACGGCAUUUAAAGUCAUGAAAAUCUUUUUGUAAAGGGUAUUAAAGUUAAAUGCUUUCUAAAGUAACAAAUUUGAACUUGAACUGGAAGAAAAUACCUCACAUCUUGUCUUAAAAAGCAGCAACUGUAGACAAUACACAGUGGUUGUGAGAAGUUUAGGGAUGAGACAGACUGCCACCACAACAGCCUCACCAGCAGCACUGAUAGGAAGAGGAGUGAUAAGGAGGGUCAUCCUGGCACACUUGUACAGCAGUUACUUCACCACUGCCUUACACUUUGUACUGUACAGAACAGGACCCAACCGAGAAGUGUAUUGGUCAUGCAGACAAUAAUUUAAGUGGUUGAGUCUUUUUUUUUUUUUUUUUUUUUUACCUCUUUUGGGGGGCAAUGUAUAUUAAUUUACUUGUAAAUAUGAAGAUGCCAAAAUCAAAGUUUAUGUAUUGUUAAGGUAUGAUUUGAGCUUUAUUUUGUUGCCAUAUCUUGCUGUUAUUUUUGUAAUAAUUUGACUUCAAAAAUUGUUUUGCAUCAGUAUUUAUUCAUUGAUGGUCUUCACCACACACUGGGUUUGUGUACAGGAUAACCACCAGUCUUUGUCUCCACACAUGCUGCCAUCCAUUAAUCCAAAGCUUCAUCAUCCCCCCCCCCCCAUGAAGUAAUUUCUUCUCGUCUUCCUCAGAAAAUUAAACACUUUUAAGUCUUCUCUAAAGUUACUUGUCAGCCCCUUGAUUUCGAACAUUGCAGCCCGUUAAUUUUCCUCGUGUAUCCGAGUAGCAGCGGUUGGUUCAGCUGAUGAGAGCCGCUGUUGGUUAUAGCACAGGCAAUGUGGAACUGUAACAUUUAACCAACUUGACAAAUAAUGUUCUAUUGGAAAUUUUUCAAUUUGUUAUUGAGGCAUUUUUUACAAAGGCCACACCAUUUGGGAUAAUUGGUUUCACAGACAUGUAGAUUUUGUCAAGUACUACCUACUGCAUACUCACUCAGCACACAAGAGUCAGUGUCCACGGCAAGCUUUUGAGGAGUGUAGGACGUGUUAUCUUAUCAUUCUGCACUUGCUUGUCAUAUCCUACAAAAUAAUUACUAAUGAACCAGUUGCUGCAGCAGCUGUUGACACCAGUGUGUGGCCUCUAUUAAAGAUGCUUUCAGCUUCCAUAUAGGGUUAAACCUGGGUUUCUUGUCAUCCCAUAAAUGCAAAUUCACUAUUCAUUCUAAAUAAAGAAUAUUUAUUUUUUACAA